GAGCAACCAAACCAAACGAACCCAACCAACCAGCAAACUCCUCUUCUCUUCUCUUCUUCUUCAUCCUAGUACACCUUUUGUCUCUCCGUCCACAGUCCACACACACCACUCUCCACCAAGAGCUAGCUAGAGCCUUGGCACGUGCGAUGGCGGCGACGGCGACUGCGACGGCGGCGGCGACGAGCGUGGUGACGGGGACGACGCGGUGGUGCCCGACGCCGGAGCAGCUGAUGAUCCUGGAGGAGAUGUACCGCGGCGGGCUGCGCACCCCCAACGCGUCGCAGAUCCAGCAGAUCACGGCGCACCUGGCCCACUACGGCCGCAUCGAGGGCAAGAACGUCUUCUACUGGUUCCAGAACCACAAGGCCCGGGACCGCCAGAAGCUCCGCCGCAGGCUCUGCAUGAGCCACCACCUCCUCUCCUGCGCGCACUACUACGCCGCCGCCAACGCCGGCCAGUACCACCACCAGCAGCAGCUCCUCGGCGCCGGCGCGGUCCCCCCUCCGCUGCUGCAGCACCAGCAGCAGCAGCAGCAGUACUACUCCGCCUCCUGCGCCGGCGGCGGCUACGACCAGCACCUCCUCCCGACGACCGUCCCAGCUUCCGCUUACGCUACUGCUGCUGGGUACGCCUACCCCUUCGCCGCCGUGCCGGCGAGCCGGUGCGCCGACCCCUCGCCGCCCAAAACGCCGUUGUCCUUCCAUCACCAGGGUGGAGGCAUCGUAGGAUCGCCGGAGUACUCGCUGGGGAGGCUGGGCAACUUCGGCGUGGUGGACGACACGUGCCGGCCGUCGCGGUACGAGCAGCAGCAGCAGCUGACCGCGGCGACGGAAGAUCAGGCGGCGCCGGUGACGGCGACGACGGGGCUGUUCUGCCGGCCGCUGAAGACGCUGGACCUCUUCCCCGGCGCGAUCAAGGAGGAGCAUCGCGACGUCGCCUAGCUACCUCCAACCUAUAGCUAGCUACCAGCAGCAGCAGCAGUGGUCGUCGUAGUACGUAGAGCAGUCCGUACGUUGCGCGCGUUCGCGCGCGUUGUACGUACGCAGGUAGAGCAGCAGCAGCAGUACGUAGGAGUACUAUCAUACUAGCAGUAUCUUUGUAGUAAUUCCCAUCGAUUUUUCGUUGAUUAUUAAUCCGCUUCAGUUAGUACCUGAUGAUCUUCAGCUUGAUGCGGUGUAGGAGUGUAGGUAGGUUGGCGGCAGGAAGAGAAGCGAAUGCAUGCAUUGAUUGAUUAGUGUAGUGACAUUA